AGGGAUAGGUAGUGGACUUUAAUACACAGAUAAUAAAGCUAUUAUGUAUGCAACUCACUGCUUGUAUUUCUCCAUAUUUUAUUUGCAAAUUUGUUGAUGUGGAUCUUUUCUAGGACUCAGUUACAAUGGAGCCUAGGCUGGUUUCAGCUCUGUCACAAGGAUGUCAUCAUCGUCACUGGGUGGCAUUAUUAUUCGGAUUGUUGCGUUUCAGCAAUUAUUUGUUACAAAAUCAGUUUCACCUUUCACUAACUUGCAAACCGACACCGGUGACCCUUCUAAUGGAAAUGGAAAGAGAAAGGAUAAAGGGUAGAAUCCAAGAUCUCGUAGAUUCAUGUGGUAUCUUGAGCUACAAAUUUCUGAUUCAUGCAAGAAUAAGUGAUCAUGAAAAGAUGAGAAUAUGUUCCACAUUAAAGCCUGAAAAGUUGUCAGCUGAAGCUGUGAGACAUCUUAGUAAAAAUCUGGCGUUUCCUUCAGAAACAAAACCAAGAUUGAAUGUAAAUAAACAAAGUCGAAUGAAAAGCCUGCUGCAGGAAAAUGAUCACUUGAAAAGCUUCUUUGAUUCCAUAUUUCUCAAAAGCUUCAAGAACAUUAUCAUUGAUGUGAAAGAGGAUGCUAAAAAGGGGUUAAUUUUAUAUGAUGGUGAUGAAAGAAUACAUAGUAGCGGGACUUAAUUGGCAAGUCUAAAGAAGAUAGGGAAUCAUACUUUGAGUUUGAGCAAUGCUACUGUUUAUUACCUGCUAAAACUCUGUGCAUAAGAUUAGCUUAAUUUUUUAUUUGACACUCAAGUAUAUACUUUCAUUUCAUGUAUAAUAUAUUUGACAUACGACAAUAUUAUUUAUUAAGAGUUGUUUGCUUUCUUGCUUGUGUUUAAAUGAGAAUGGAUCGUUCCAAAUUAAAGGUGACAGCAUCAAGUGAUUGUUUGGAACUUUUCUUGUAUACAAUAAAUGACACAAAAACAAAAAA